AUGCACACAUUUUCCACAUUACCCCUCGAAAUUGUUUAUCGAAUUAUGGAUCAUCAAAAUGAACGGACGCUAUUUUGUUCAAUGCAAAAUAUCUGUCGACGGCUCAAUCAAAUCCUGAGUACUUACCAGCGAUAUCAAACACUCACCACACUUGACCUCAGUUGGAACCGAAUCGGUGCCGGAGGAGCACAAGACAUUGCGGGUGCGCUCCGAACGAAUACGACACUCACUACACUAGACCUCGGUGGGAACGAAAUCGGUGCUGAAGCAGCACAACACAUUGCGAAUGCGCUCCGAACAAAUACGACACUCACUACACUAGACCUCGGUGGGAACGAAAUCGGUGCUGAAGCAGCACAACACAUUGCGAAUGCGCUCCGAACGAAUACGACACUCACUACUCUUAACCUCAGUGAGAACGAAAUCGGUGCUGAAGGAGCACAACACAUUGCGAAUGCGCUCCGAACGAAUACGACACUCACCACACUUGACCUCAGUUGGAACCGAAUCGGUGCCGGAGGAGCACAACACAUUGCUAAUGCGCUCCGAACGAAUACGACACUCACUACACUAGACCUCGGUGGGAACGAAAUCGGUGCUGAAGCAGCACAACACAUUGCUAAUGCGCUGCGAACCAAUACAACACUCACCACACUUCACCUCUGGCGCAACGAAAUCGGUGCUGAAGGAGCACAACACAUUGCUAAUGCGCUCCGAACGAAUACAACAGUCACUACUCUUAACCUCAGUGUGAACCGAAUCGGUGGUGAAAUAGCUCAACAUAUUGCAGAUGCAUUGGAAAGGAAUAUAAGCUCCAAGAUGGUAUAG